AGAGCUGGCGCUUAGGUGGCACUGGCUGUCGUUGCGUUUGCUUUGUGAAUUAUAGUAUGGGCAAGGAUGGACUGGCCACCGCUCUGCAACCGACUCUUCGGUGCUGGUUCCGACGAAAAUCCCUCCGGUGCGCUUACCCGUUGCUUGUCAGCCGGGGCUUUUUAUUUAACUCUACUUUUGAAAUUUUCACUUGACGAGGACACCUUAGCUUCACGGAGUACCGACAUGGCGGUCGGCAAUAUAAUUACUAUUUACUGUGCAUAA